AUGAAUCAAUUAAAUUUCAGUGCAAUACAUGAAACUAGAAAACUGUUGAAUGAAAGUAUCUUCUUUGCUUAUCAUAGAGAUAAUUAUUCUGAUACUUUAUUGAAUGGUAUACUUAGUCAAAAUCUUGACCUAUUUUGGACUACUAUGCAUCAGUGUUUAGAUUUAACCGAUAUUAUGCAUCAAUAUACUAUGUUAAAUCAAUCAUUGUCUAAAAUAUCUACUAUUCAUCAACAACAUUAUAGUACAGUACAAUUUCAAUCAUUAUAUGAUUGGUGUAAUUUUGGCCGAUCAACAUGGUUCACUAAUGUAUUCACAUUGAUACAUGAUAAUUCAUGGCAAGAAAGAAUUUCUUUUCAUUUACAAAAUUAUUUAGUACCUAUUUUAUUGAUUAUUAACUGUUUAAGCCUAAUCACUUGUAUAUCAGGUGUUUAUCGAUUGUGUAGUCUAUCAAAUAGAUCGAAUGGAAAAGUUAUGAUCAUUAUGAAACAACAGUCUAUUGUACAAUCAUAUCUUCCAGCCACUUGGCCACUGGUUUUAUGGUAUUGUAUUUUUGGACUAUUAUGGUUAAUGUUAGUACUUGGCUUUAAAGUGAUCACCUUACAGUUAUUUAAAACAAAUAUCGGUUUACAUAGUCAUGAUUUCUACUGUAGAACACUAACAUAUCUGACAAAUAUCUUAAGGUAUAUUCCAACUUGGUUAAUUUGUCUCAUGUUAUGCGAUAGAGCGAUAGAAAUAUUUGUUAAUCCACAGAUGAUGAAUAGAUCAAAUAUGUGUAUUAAAAAUGAAUUGGAUUCAACUAAUAAUUUAGGUGUUUCAAUUCGCCCAGUUAUACAGAAAUUGACUACACCAAAUAUUGUAUAUAGUCAUACUGGUGAAACAUCAUUAUCUUUAUCGUCAUCAUCAUCAUCAUCUAUAUCGAAUUGUCAGUGUCAAUUGAAUGCUUCCAAAGAGAAACAAGCAUACAGUAAAUACUUAUUCGAUUAUAUAUUAUGUAAAAGAUUUUGUUCUCAAAGUCAACAUGAAUUACAUUGUGUUUUUUAUGGAUUGAAACGAACAAGUUGUGAGUUAUGCAUAAAUGAACAGAUAAACAACCGUAUAAAGAAGCAUAUACAUACAAAUGGUUCAUACAAUGAUGGUUAUGAAAAAUUGCUGAAAGAUUUAUGCAAUUGGAAUGAAUGUGGUCUUGGCCGUGUCGGUGGUCUGGUACUCUUUAGCAUUGUCACUGCACUUAUCUGUCUAAUAAAUACCCACUUGUUAUGGUUAUAUAAAAUUGGAAAGUCUAGUAAACGUUGUGUCCUAUCAGCUGGAGAUGCUGUCAUCUUGUCAGUAUUUUAUCCAUAUCUCUUGAAGACAUGCCACUCUAUACUGCCUCAUAUCCUGAUAUUUAUCUCUUUGAUGCUGUUGGGUUUAACAGCCUUGAAAAAAUCACGUCUUACAUCUAACUCUAACUCUGAUUGUUCUACAAGACAAGGAAGAAGAACAACAGGAUGUCUAUCAACAAGAUUCAUAGAAUCGAUGGGGAACACUAAAGAACAAAACGUCUUUACAGAACCGACACAGUUAGCUAUUUAUUUAGGAAUUGUAAAUUUUCUUUUUGAAAUUGCUGAAGUAAUAGAAUGGUUACAUAUGAAAUUCAUUAUACCUAAUUACUUUCAACCGUUUGCAAUCAAUUUCAAUUUAAAUCCAUAUAUAAAUAAUAACACGAAUGUAAAUAUUACUAACACUGACUCGAUACUACUAUCAAAUAGUUUAUAUAGUAGUAAACUACUUAGUAAAUCAAUUAAUCAAAUGUGUACUAUUCAAUUCACAUCUGGUUUAUUAAGAAUUUGGUCUAGUCAACGUUAUUUAUUCACUUUUCCUAUCUUAUUUUAUAAAUCAUCAAAAUUUAAACAUAUUACUAAAUACUUUUUUAAGUAUUACUUUCAAGCAUUGAAAAUGCAAUAUUUAUUUAAAAUAAGCUUUACAGCGCAAAAUUCAACAUUUAUUGACUCAUUGAACACAUCUAUGCAUAUCAAUGCAUCAAAUAAUGAAAAUACAAAUAAUCAAAUCAGUGAAAGGAUAAAUAUCACAGAAUAUAUCAAUACGCAUAGUCAUCAAGGGAAUACUAGAAUAAAAACAAAACGAAUUCCUCGAGUCUACUGUUGUUCAUGUAGUACGCAUCCAUUAACAUUGGAUGGAACCAUUGACAAUGGAAAACAUUCAGAUGCUCAUGAAUAUCAUUAA